CCUGCCUUUCCAUAUACAGUAUCAGCGUGUCCUUCUCUCUGGACACCUGGGCUCAUCGCUCCAGACCCCACGGAGGCUCUCUCCAGCCACUGAUCUCCUUGCUGUUUUCCUGAGGGAGGGCAGAUCCUUGCAGCUGUUGGUGGCUGUGUGGGGGCUGCAGUGAGCAACAGACUCAGCAUUUUCCACUCUUUUGGUGGAAACAUCGGCUUUGGUUAUUUACAGCAGAAGCUCUUUGGGGCUGAUCUUCUACAGUGACGACCAUGGAUCAGUUCAUCUCAGCCUUCCUGAAGGAUCCGUCAGGAAAGAAUUGCCAGCAAUUGGCUGUGGAAUUCUUACCUCACUACUCUACAUUAAUCAGUAAGGCAGGAGGCAUGCUCUCUCCAGAAACUCUCAGUUAUAUUCAAAAAGCCCUCCAGGAGGGAAAGCUGACGGACAUGGUGAGCCAGAUUCAGGAAGCACUAACUGCCGCAGAAAACGCUUCCCUGGAGAUCGCUGUCAUUGGGGAAUCUGGGGCUGGCAAGUCCAGUUUCAUAAAUGCCCUGCGAGGGCUGAGCCAUGAAGCAGAAGGGUCAGCUGGUGUAGGGAUUGUGGAGACCACUAUGAAUAAAACCCCCUAUCAACACCCAAAAUAUCCCAAAGUGAUGUUCUGGGACCUGCCUGGGACUGGGACUCCCAAUUUCCUCCCAGACACUUAUCUAGAAAAAGUGGGAUUUGCUAACUAUGACUUCUUCUUCAUCAUAUCUUCCUCUCGGUUCAGCCUUAAUGAUGCUAUCCUGGCCCAGAAAAUCAAGGAUGUGGGGAAGAAAUUCUACUUUGUUCGAACCAAGGUGGACAGUGACUUAUAUAACGAAGAGAAAACCAAACCCAAAACCUUCAAAAAGGAGAAGGUCCUUCAGCAGAUCCGAGACUACUGUCUGGCUAACCUUAUCGGCGUUGGAGUGUCUGAACCCCGCAUCUUCUUGAUCUCCAACUUUGAUCUGGCUGACUUUGAUUUCCCAAAGCUGGAGCAAACUCUGCUGCAGGAACUCCCUGGGCACAAGCGCCAUAUGUUUGCACUGCUGUUGCCCACUAUCUCUGAUGCUUCCGUCGAGAUGAAGAGACGUUUUCUCAAGGAGAAGAUCUGGCUGGAGGCCUUGAGGUCAGCAGCUGUGUCGUUCAUCCCCUUUGCGACCUUCUUGAGUGGCUUCGAUUUGCCUCAGCAAGAACAGUGCUUGAAGGAGUACCGAAACUACUUUGGCUUGGACGACACAUCGAUUGAAGAGAUUGCUGACAAGCUCAGCAAGUCCGUGGAAGACAUCAGGGGCUGCCUCAAGUGCUUGGAUUUCUGGUCCCUUGUAAAGGAUGACAGCAUGGCAGUCAAAGCCGCAAAGUGUGCUGAAUCUUUUUAUGCCGUGAAAGGAGGUCCUGAGUCUUCUGUCAUCCAGGGUGUGAAAGUCUACUUUCUACGCUUAAAAUUCCUUGACACGGUGGCUGAUGAUGCUAGGCAUCUCUUGAACAAGUUAUAAACAGUAAAUAUUGCCUAACUAAACAGUAAAUGAAUUUAAGGGCUUGUGUGUUUCAAGUUGGGAAGGGGGGUUUCCUUCCUCCAGACUCCCAGGCCAGCUCUUCCCUAAGGUGCACAGAUGUCUGUCCCAUGGAGGAGGUCCAUUGCUUGCCUUUAGAGGUCACUCCCAUGUGGGAAUUGUUGUUUGACCCUAGCUUGUUUUCUGCGUUCAUUGAUUUAUCAUGCUUGAUCUCCAGCAGUAACACACCCCCUGCUUUCAACUAUUCUCUGUGCUAAGAGAGAACCUGUUGCUGAUCCACUUAUGCUGGAAAACACACACACACACACACACACACACACACACACACACACGCGCACACACACACACACGCGCACACACACACACACACACACACACACACACACACACACACACACCAAAGCAAAACAAAAAACCAGUUUGUAAUAGCAAAAUGAGAAUUAUACAUUACCAUUUCCCAAUUCUUUCUCAGUUAACAUCUCAACACCCUCCUCAUCAAAAUAAAGGAUGUUCUAUAAAUAUGAGAACACUAUUAAAUGUUUAAUAAAAUGUUUGCAGUGGGAAAAUGCAACAUGAUCAGGAGGUGGUGACAAGAUAAAGUAGUGAAGUAGGAGCUGAAGGGACACUAGCCCACUCGAAGGGACAUUAGCCCAAUUAGCACACUCAAAGGGACGCUAGCCCACUCGAGCAUGUGGCUCUGGCAGGCCUUGCCCUUCUCUCCCACUCUUUCUGCCUUGCUAAAAACUGUUAGAUCACAUUCUAAAGCUAGCCACUAAGGUCUAUUCUCUUAUUUGACCACUUCCUCCUCCUGAGGCUCACUGCCAAGGUCCAGCUAUCGAAAUGUUGAAGUCCAGCAAUCAAAAGCCCCCUUUGGCUCACCUAAUUAACAUGCCCAAUUAAAAUUAAACACCUCGUCCUAACAUGAGGUUUCCCAUUUUACCUUUAUAAACAGCCAUUUGUUUUAUGUGUGGCAUCUGUCCCCUCUCUAUCCAGAGGCGGUCCUUUGUCCCUCUGAGACAAAUUCCUUGUCCCCUUUCCCUUGUUCCCGUCCCCUUCUCCCUCAUCCCCUACCUUCUUUACCACCACAUCCUAGCACAUUCUAACACAGCUUUUUUUCUUAAAAAUUACACUUGAAAAGUCAUUUGCUGCUGUUUUUCUGCAUGAGUAAGAAGGCUGC